AUAAAGCGAACUCUGUGAACAUCACCUUGGUGUGUCAGGUUCCAUCUCUCGCAUGGAAAAAGCAACAUUUUGGUGACCCCGAUGUGAUACUUCGUAUGGAAGCAAGAUCGUUGGAAGUGAAGAUGCGAGGAAAAAACGCCACCUGGAGGGUGAAGAUAGCCCUGCGCUCGAAGAAAAGCAGAAAGUAGGCCUACGGGGAAUCAGGUGGCAUGGGAAACGUGGCAUCCACGGAAGAAAAAGCAAUAGUGAAAAGUAUUCUCCAGCUGGAUGCACGAACAGGAAGAUAUUUGGAAAAAGACGCGCUGGAGCGUCUGUUACGUUUUGCGCAAUGGAAGGGAUGUGUUCGAGCUUCGGACGAGUUUUUUUCUCCCGAUACAUGGGAGGAGAUAGGGACUGAACUAUGUGAGGCUGUCACAAGGGGGAGCCGCGAGGCUUGCGACCUCGCUGGACCGUGGCGGGAGAUCCGGUUGCUGAUGCAGGAAGUCUCAGAGGAGCCAGAGCUGUGUGCCGUCCCCCCGGAGCCGCCCGCCGCGAGCUGCCCUCCCUCUGAGGACUCCGAAAAAUCAACGCCGCUGGUAUGUCCCAUAUCAGAUCUGGAGUUCUGGGGCAGAGAGCAAAUUAUACCCUCUGCACCUUUUGAGCCAUUGCCUGCCUCCGACAACGAAUGGCAGCAACCAGCAAGUUUCAACAAGCCGGGACAAGUUAAUCCAGCUGACGUACCUCUGCCGGAGGACUUGAUGGAGCACCAGGAUGGACCACCACAGAAUCGCCCUGACUUCCAGGAGGAGAGCCACGUGCAGAGCCUGAAGGACUUACUGAGAUGGCAGGAGACACAGAUGCAAGAAGUUCUAAAUGCUAUGAAGCGACUAGAUGGCGGUAACCAUAAAAAUUCGUGGAUCCCAGCAAAGUGGGUGAGGCCUUGGCUAGCUAACAGAGAAGAAACCGAUUGCAAUGAUGACAACCCUUAACCUCAGAGGUGUUAUCGCUUUUAGCAACGGAUGUAGCCAGUGUUGAGCAUACCACUUUGCAAAACAGAGCAGCGAUUCAUUUUUUGUUAUUGGCCAUGGCCAUGGUUGUGAAGAGUUUGACUGUAUGUGUUGUUUGAACUUAAAAGAUAAAAAGAUAAAAGAUUUGCAGAACCUGAAAAUAACAGAAGAUGUUGGGUUUUUUGGGUUGGAUGCCUUGUUUGGUUAAAAGGAAUAUUGAAGACAGGUCCGUUCUUGCUAAUUGUAAUUGUAUUAGCCUUAAUGUUCUUACCCUGUAUUUCACACUGUCUUCAAAGCAUGAUACAGCGUGUUGUUAACAUUAUAUUAAAUGAAAGAGGGGGAGAUGUAGUGACAGAGCCCCCCUGAGGGGAUGGGGUUGUUGCCAGCCUGGCUGAGAGGUGAAGCCAGAGACAAAAGAGACAAAAGGAACCCUAUAAGAAGGUAACAACCAAUGAGCAAUCGCCGACAGGCGCGUGCAGAGCACGUGGACAGUGCAUGCAGCCUAUCAUGUUACUAUAUAGCACAUGCUGUAACCAAUCACAUUGUUGCAAGACGAGUGGACAGGGCAGCUUUUGGUAUAAAGCUAGCCCGGGGCGGACAAUAAAGUUGAACUCUGUGAACAUCAUAUUGGUGUGUCAGGUUCCGUCUCUCGCAUGAAAAAGCAACAGUAACUGAAACAGAGAUAACAUCAGUGCAGUGUGUUUUUAAUAACAAUUAUUGGAAAAACAUCUUGUGUAACCUCUUAGUCCAGGCCCAUAUCUGUAAAUCCUAGAAACUGUCAAUGGCUAAUAAAGAGGGUCUCAGCCCGGCUCAGCGCUCUGCUCUGCCCAGCUCUGCGCUCCUUCCCGAACAAGAUCUCUGUCUGUGUGUGAAUCUUUGUCUGCGUCCCGGUGUGCAUCAUUCCUCAUCGCUACAAGUGGUGCCCUGUGUGAGUGUGUGACCCCUGGAGGCUCUUCGUCGAGCAGUGUGUUUGGCGGCGACCACGCAAUCCAACAGGUGAGUAAAUUUUGUUUGUGGCUGCAUUAAUCCCUACAGUAUAAAUAGGGACAAGCCGUCCUCGUUGAACGAGAGAGCUGCGGGAUUGCGUUAGUAUGGGGCAGUCCGCUUCUCAGGAACAUGAAUUGUAUUUGCAGGUUUUACUGCAGAUAUUACAUUUUUCUGGGUAUCGUACUUCUGAGAAGCAGCUAGCCUCGCUCCUGGUAUGGGUGAAAGAGCAUUGUGCUUGGUUUCCAAGUGAGGGGACGUUUGACAGUAAAAUUUGGAAACAGGUCGGGGAAUAUCUACACGCGCAAAAGAAUUCAGGUUUUACAGUCCCUGACGGUUUGCAUGUAACUUGGAGAUUUGUGUACUCUGCGCUAUCGCAGUUGCAGUUGGCAGAGCACAUUCUGCAAGGGCAAACAGGGGAGGAGGGACAGAAAAACACAAAUGAGCAGGUUGCUAAUGAUUUGAGUCUUGACAGCACUGAUAGCACUCAUCCUUUUGAGUCAGGCUCUGUAGAUCUCGAAAAAGAGCCAGUUUUAUAUCCAUCAUUAAUGCCAUCACAGCUGUGUAAAGAUAAGGCCGGAAUCUGUGUGGAGCUGGGUCAGGAGUCUAAAACUCUGCCCUCAGCACCUCCCUUGCCUGAUUUUAAUGAUGCUUACACAGCACCCAGUAACCCCUUCAUGACUAAGACAGCAGAACACAAAGGGGUGAUGCAAAAUGCUGUGAAAAGACUAUGGAGCAGGGCAAUUUUUCUUUCACCUUUCCAGUUAUUUACAAACCACAACAACCACCUGAACAUGACGGAAUACCUUAUACAAUGGUUAAGGAGUUAAAAAAAUCUGUGCAAUAGAAUGGGUUACAUAGUCCUUUUACAAUGGGAAUUACUGAAGGUAUUGGUGCCAUGUACGUAAUGGCUCCAUGGGAUUGGAAACUGCUUGCUAAAACAAUUUUGACACCAGCACAAUAUUCUGUGUGGCAAUUAGAAUAAAGAUCUUGUGAUUGAACAGGUCUUGGAAAAUUUGUCAUCAGAAGCAGGGAUAAAACAGGAUAUGUUGCUAGGAACCGGACAGUAUAUCACUCCACAGGCACAGGCUGGGCUUCUACAGCAGGUUUUUGAACAGGCAACUCGUCUUGAUAUUAGGGCAUGGCAUUGGGUCCCAGAGGCAGGGUAGCGCGUAAGCUCAUUUGCAACAAGACAGGGACUGCAGGAGUCUUAUAUAAACUUCACUGACUUCAUAGCAAACCGCUAUAGCAAGGCAGGUUGAAAAUGAAGAUAUAGCAAAACUUCUACUGCUUCAACUGGCAUAUGACAAUGCUAACUCUGACUGCCAGGCUGCUUUGUUGUCGGUGAAAGGUAAAGCCACUGAUAUAGCACAAUAUGUUAAGGUUUGUCAGAAUAUUAUGACUGAAACAUAUCAGGCUUCGGUAUUAACAGCCACGUUGUCUCAGCUCAGUGUAAAUCAAAUGAGUCUUAAGUGCUUUAUUUGUGGUAAUGAGGGUCAUGUCAGUAAACACUGUCCUCAACAGCGCUAUAUAACACAGCAGUCAUAGACGUCUUCCUUAUUAACCUGUUUUCUUUGUAGGUAUCUAAGAAUACUACAGUUUAAUAAGUCUUUGCCUGUUAUAUGGCACAGUAAGUUCACAGAGUGCUAAACCAUAAGAAUCCAUUGGCUCAAAAUGUGCAUUUUGUGAUAAUACAGAAGAUCAUGAGUAAUUUAGUUCUUUACUGCGUGAACGUGAUAAUAAGAUUUUGUGUCUAACAGCUGUUACUUUUCUUUCUAGCAUGCUAGCUUUGUUCCAGCAUCCAGACUUGCGCAACUCUGUGAUAGGCUGUGUCUCAUCUCGAUGUGCUGGGUUUGGCUCUUUUGUAUGCGCACCAGGUAAAGAAUCCUGGUUUUGGGAUAACAGUUGUAGCGCCCCAGAUGAGACACUAAUAAAAACCUUGCCCUGUCCAGCUCGCUGUGGGGGGGGGCGGGUGCCGAGUGGGCUCCAGCCGCACUGACCUGUUUUGUCAGGGAGACCCAGCGGUGCCUCCACCUGGCUGAGUGGUGAGCGGCCCAAAGGCGCAAAGCUAAAAUUGAGAUAUUGUCUUGAAUAAGUGUAAUUGCGAUCCAUUUGCAUAUUUGAACUUGGUGUUUGGUUUUCAUAUAUGAGCUCAGUAUUUUAGUUUGCAUAUAUAUAUAUAUAUAUAUUUGGUACCAAAAGAAUUUUGUUUGGGGAGAUAAUUACAAAAUGGGAACCGGUUCCACUGCUAAAAUUCCACCUUGCUCCCCCUUAGGAUGCAUCCUUACACCUUAGAGUAAUUGCUCAUAUUGUUAUCUAAUAAUUUUGAGACCAGAAAAGAAUUGAAGUUGUUAAACUCCAAUUCCCAUUGAAUUUGUGUGUUUGUUGGAGCUAUGGGAAAGAAAACUAAAUGCUAUGAUGGAUGUGAACUUGGAGGAGGUUGUAUUUAAAAGUUGCUAGAAUAUGACCUGAUUUGGAUCUAGGAAAAUUAAAGUAAUGGAUUGAUGGUUAAUAUACUGUUUAUUGACAUCUGUAAGAAAUUGCAAAAGGUACAUGGGGCUGAGGAAUGUAACUAUUGCUCAGCUAAUUAGAAUUGUAUAUAGAGUGUAUUAUGGCUGGAAUGAAAUGGGAAAAUAAAAAAGCAAAAUAUCCCAGGCCUGUGCUGUACUGUUUGAACAUAAAUUUCAGGCCUGGAUCAAGCUGCUAGAUAAACUCAGCUCCCUAGCAGCUCCCACUUAGCACCAGCAAUUAACACCACCUGCGUGGCCUUGCCUGUAUCUGAACUGCAGCAAGAAGAGAAAGAAAAAGAAAAAAAAAAUAGAAAAAUGUGGCCUCCCGCUUUCAAGGCGGUGAAAGGGGGGUUUUCUCUCCCCCCACUGCAGCGAUGUUGUAAUACUGAAUGGAGCAGUCUGAGGGUGAAAUUUAAAGGCAUCCCUAGCAGAUCCGUAGUUCUAAUGAAGCUGGGAAAUUAAACCAAAAUUUGUUAAUGGACUUAUUCAGUGGUAACUGGUUGUAAGAGACUUCUUACUAAAUUCACCGUGAUCGUUUUUGAGAUCACAGGAAAGAAAGAAAGACCAUUUUUUGAGACCAACGGAAUGCCAAAUUUGAAACAAAGUUUUACCAUAUGAAUUCUUGUAGCUGCCAGAAAGCCCUGCACCUCUCUUGGGUCAAGAUUUGUUAAGUAAAUUGUAAGCUCAAAUAAUGUUUUCUGAGAAUUCUGUUUAGUUGCAUGUCCCACAAGAAGCUGCUGGGAUGGUGCAGAUCUGCUUGUGCAAGUGAGAAAUCUCCAAGGAAACUUCGAAUGCUGUAUUUCCACCAGUAUUAACAGCCAACGUCUCGAUAAAGCAAAUACUACACUGAUUGAUCUGAAACAGGACUUCGAUCCGGUAAGGGAAAACAAUAUCCAAUAAACAUGAAGGCUAAAAUGGGCUCACAGCUAAUGCCAUUUAGCAGACUGCUGUUAUAUAUGUCUCAUCUUUUGGUCAUUUGAAAUAUGUACAUGUUUCUAUAGAUACUUUUUCAGGUAUGCUUUGUGCAUCUGCACAUACGAGUGAGAAAAGCAGAGAUGUUCAGCAUCACUGGACCCACUGUUUUGCUAUGCUGGGUGUGCCACAACAGAUUAAAACUGACAAUGGUCCUGGAUACACUGCUAGAUCCACGCAAUAUUUUUUACAGCAAUGGGGUGUUUUGCGUGUCACAGGUAUUCUACAUUCUCCCACUGGACAGGCUAUCGUUGAACGAGCACAUUCCACACUGAAACAGAUGUUAUUAAAACAAAAAAGGGGGAAUAUGGCACCUCAAGAACAAUUAGACAAUGCAACAUAUACUUUAAAUUUUUUGAAUCAUACUAUGCCUCUCUCUAUUGCAGCAGUGGAAAAACACUUCCGUGUUCCAGAUUCACUGUCUCAGAGACCAAAGGUUUUAUACCCGGAUCCCCUAUAGAGCAGUCAGUGGCAAGGGCCUGUAGAGUUAAUCACCUGUGGAAGGGGAUAUGUGUGUGUUCUUCUUCCAACAGGACUGAAGUGGCUUCCUGCAAAAUAUGUUAAACCUGACUAUGAGUUGGACAAACGACGCAGGACCUAAUGCCAGAGAUACAGCUUCUGUCCCUGCAGCAGAGGGCAACAAAGAAACAGAAGAGACCAAAGGAAGAGGCGCUAGCAUAUCAGAAUGAUACAGAUUUACCUUAUAUGGACUGGGGACUAACUGGUGAAAAAACUUUCAAUGCAUUUGUUUUCCUUAUUAGUAUGGCUAACCAGCUUUUUCCAAUAUUUGUUAAUAACUGUAAUUGUUGUAAUUUGCAUUAUUCUGUUCUACAGUAGGUUGAUUUGUAAUGAUAAUGUAUAACAGGAAAAUGACACAUAAGGUAUGAUGAUCCACAGUGGGCAUUCAAACUCACCAACAGAAUGCCCCCUUUUGACUUUGGAGGCAAGAGGUGACAGCACCACCACUCCAAAGUAGCCUGUCAGAUGACUGUGGUCACAGGAUGGAUUGUGAGGCAGUUGCACAUUCCCCUGAAAUCUGGAGCCUUCAAUGAGGAGGUUGAUGGCUCUUUAGCACCUUUUGUGCCCCACUGUGCCUGUUCCAAAGUACACACCUAGGGUGGUACCAAGGUGCUGUCAGUCACAUCCUCCCCUGCCUUGGGGCAGGGUGACUUCACCUCUACCAGCUGGUGGGGCAGGAGGGGUGGGACCCUUGGUCAAUUGACAGGGUCCUCAACAAAGGAGGUGCCCAAACUAGCUGCGAAGCUUCUGAACUAUGUUGUAAUGCCCACAGCCACAUCUGACCAGACUAUAAAAUGGGGUUCCCACCAAAGACGCCCUUUGAGUGGUCUUCUCAGAGCUGCGGGUCUGUGAACUGGAGCCCUUUCCUUAGACAGGAACACUGUCUAAGGAGACUUCCUGGGACUGAGAGCGCCUCACCUCCUCAUUUGGAUGAGUGAUUAUUUACUGGAUAUAUCCUUGAAUGAGACUUCACCUAACCCAGGUGAGUGAUUAUUUCUUGUGAGUACCCUGAAGUAAGAGGCCUCUAGUUUUGUUUCUAGUGAGUGACUACGUGCACAUUGUGGAUCCUCAUUAUUCUUAUGUUAUUGUAUUCAAAUAAUCUCCUUAGCUGAUAUCUGAACCAGUAUUUUAUGUUAUCGGAGUGCUAAAUACGUGUAAUAUCAUUGAAAUUGAAUUAUAAUGUUUAUGAGCGAAAUCAAGAAAAACAACACCUCCAAAGAGCAGUCUCAGCUAAUGUGCAAGGCCUGAUUUAGGAUUUAGCCAGUGCCCUGCAAAACAAUUGCAUCAUUUGUAAGAAUUAGCACUGUAAGACAUAAUGGCUAACAUUAUCUGAUAGCAUAAAGUGAUUACACCCAAAAACUUGGUUUUCAGGCCUCAAUCUGCAUAUAUGGGUUUUUGUGGGAAUUGGAUGUGCUCGUGUAAUGUUUUUUCUUGUAGUCCUCUGAAUCAUCUGGAGAAUGAUACAGAAUGCAAAGAAGAAUAAAGUCAGGGUUCUUGCUGCACUCACUGUGAACCAGAUGUUCAAAAACAAAAAAGGGGGAGAUGUGGGAACAGCAGUUCCAGCUGAAGGGCCUUGGACAGAUUAUACAGAAGUAUGUUUUUUAUGAGCGUAAGAAGUGAUAGCCCAGGCCAGUGAGAAUGAUAUCUCAGGUCGGAAAACCGCCCCCAUAUGUAUGAUGUGUGAAUGUCCUUGGGCCUGGUCUGUGAAUGAGUGGGAAUGUAACUGAAACAGAGAUAACAUCAGUGUGGUGUGUUUUUAAUAACAAUUAUUGGAAAAACAUCUUGUGUAACCUCUUAGUCCAGGCCCAUAUCUGUAAAUCCUAGAAACUGUCAAUGGCUAAUAAAGAGGGUCUCAGCCUGGCUCAGCACUCUGCUCUGCCCAGCUCUGCACUCCUUCCUGAACAAGA